UGAGCAGCACUCACGACGCAUCUGCCGACAUUCACCCCGCGACUGUCUGCGGCGACACCCACUCCCACCUCGGCGACGCUCACCUUCCGCGUGCAGCUUUUGAACGAGACAACAGGUUGUAACGGACAGCGUAGAGCUGCUUCAGUGCUCCUCUUUGUGCUUCAAUAAGACGCAGAAUUGCUGUUGAGAGACAGAAAACACUCAUUCUAAAUACAGAAAUACUAACAAAAAAUGGACACUGGAUAGUGCCAGAGAUUAAUCAAGUCCACGUUAUGGGGUAUUGAUGCAAACGUCACUGGAAUGCUGCUACAACCACACUGACCCGUGACUUUGAACGCUGCACAAGGGGAACAAAGUUUAGCCACCUGCUAGAUCUACUCGGAAGCGAAGGACUUCCAUGUGUUUGAUCUGAGCGACAUUCAAAUACAUCAUCAGUGCCACUGGACUCCCUCAGCGUGCAUCAUGAAGGCAACCUUGGUGGUGGUGAUGGCAGUGUUGGCAGCCUGUGCAUUCGGUGAUCUACAGGCACCGGCAUCCCUGUCAUCCGCCACGCCUUCAACAAAGGACAGAGCCGUGGCCAUGCCCUUGGCGGCAGAGCACAGGAUGCGUGGAGUCACAGACCAACAAGAAGGUAGGAGUGCACGUGGCCUCCUCUCGUCUCUCAUCGCUCCUUUUGUGGGGGGUUUCCAGCGUGCUAUGGGGCACCGUGGUCGAGAGAGGCCACGUCCAGUAAACUGGAGACCCAAAUACACCCCACCUCAAAAAUCCACUCCGCCACAACCCACCGUCCGGCAUCCUCCAGGAGUGUCACCGCACUUGGUACAGCCGGACGAGAGACAUUCACUGAAUCCUCAGCUGACCCCGCCGCCCGCCGGACAGCAACGCCACGAUUACCUGCAUCGUGACAAUGUCCGGCAGAAGGUAAUUCCCCACCCAUUUCCCUUUGAGGUUCCCUCAAAGUUUCCAAGGCAGCGUCCUGAAGACUUGGUGCACGAUGGAAGCUCUCAUGUCACAAUCCCUUCUGGGCAGGACUUCAAACUCCUGUCCGAGGCGAGCCACCCAGCACAUAAGGUCUUCAAAAGCGACGGUCUGACAUCACACUUGAUAUCUGGGAUUGAGGAGGAAUCCAAUUUCUCGCCUCUCGAGAGUUCAGUCGACAGCAAGGUUGCUGAUGGCGAAUGGCAACCGUUCCAGCCUACUUACGAUGUCUACAGGCCUCCAGCGGACAGUCAGGAUGAGUUCUUCAUUAUCGGGGACGCGCAGAUCCCAACCGCUGAGCAACAUGCCUCACCGCGCCCCCAGGCCCUCAAAAUGCACCACACCCACUCUCCGGCACAUUUACCAAACCCCCACCACACCUCACUAUCACUAUCACCACCAUCACCACCACCGCCACCACCACCACAAGGACAAAAUUUCCCUCCACCACCCAAGUUCCCUUCUUCGUCUGAAUUCCAGUUGGUGUCGCAGGAUUCUAACCCCUCUCGCGUUCCUACAUCCUCCUCCCACUUAAGCUUUGCCCCCUCCUCUUCCUCCCCCUCCUCACCCUCAACCCCAAAGCAUCCUUUCCGAACGGCUGCAACAAACUCACCACCACCACCACCACCACCACCACCAACCACAUUCACUAGUUCUCCCAUCACCAUCUACACUUCAUCCCCCACUACGCAUACAUCUCACGCUUCGUCCAAGUCACCACAGUCCACGCCAACUCUGGUCCUCAAGAAGCCGCACGCCCCGAAAAUUCGAGUAACACUGUCGCCUCAGAAAGGGCAAGAUGGCCGUCCAGUCCCUCAAAAACACAACAAAGUUCCUCCCAUAUCGGAGCAGCAAAGCCACUUCCAGUCUUCAAACAGUGAAAGCACCCACAACCAGCCUUCAAAUAUUCAGGGAAACCACUUGCAGCCUUUGCGUGAUCAGGAGGGUCACUUCCAGCCUCCACGAAGUCAUGAUAACCGUUCUCCGUCUCCACAGGACCAAAAGAAACCCUUCCAGUCUCAACAGAAUCAUGAAAUCAGCCUUCAGACUUCACAGAAAAACGGAAACAACUUGCACCCCUCACAGAAACAACCUACCUUACUCCCCACGCCGAGCAGACAUCAACACAAUCAACAGAACCAUGGACCAGCGCCACUGAAGCAAGGAAACGGUCAAUCAGGACAGAAUUUACUCUCAACUUUACGACCUCAAGGACCAUCAUCGUCUUCUCACCCACAGAACAACGCACCAACGACUAAAGCAAGCCACCAGACACCAGCACAGAAACACCAGAGCAGAGAACCAAAUCCUACACAACAACAAAAUCCUCAGCAACCUUUCCAGAACCAGCAUACUCAGUCCCAGCCCACACAGAAGCAGCAGAAACCCUUGCAAUCCUCACAGAGCCAAAAAGACAGUUCACAACCAUCAGAGAUCCAACAGAACCAUUUGCAACAUCCACAUGAUCAACAGAACCAUUUGCAGCAACCCCAGAACCCCUUACAACAUCCACAGAACCAACAGAAUCCCUUGCAAUCUCCACAGAACCAGCAGGACCGUUUGCACCAUCCACAGAACCAACAGAGCGGCUUUCAAGAUCCACAAAACCAACAGAAGCCUUUGCAGCAUCCACAGAACACACAGAACCCCCAAGCACCGCCACACAACCAAGGGAGUUUCCAACAACCAACAAAACAGCAACAGAGCCACUUGCAACCUCUUCAGGACCAACAGAAGCACUUGCAACCAUCACAAAAUGAGCAGAGCCAAUUACGACAACAAAUGCAGCACCAACAGAACGGUUUACGCUCCUCGCAGAACGGACAGAAUCGCCUACAACUCUCACAGAACGAGAAGAAUGAUUUGCAGCAUUCUAGAGGAGAACACGAGCUGGAAAAUCAAGAGAGCUACUUACAAUCUCCACAAAGUCGAGAUAAUGAACAACGACCUCCAAACAGCCAACGUCUGAGUAUACAACUCCCACAGAGGCCACAGAACACUAAGCAACCCUCUCAGCAACCUUCACAAUCUCCGGAAAACAAGGAAGUCCGCCUCACAACUUUGCGUGAUCCAAACCCCCCGACAACAUCACAAUACCCUCACAAGACUCCCACGCCUCAACUAAUCCACCACAGCCAGACUCCUGCUGCAGAGAGGCAACGAGUCACUUCACAGAACACAAGGCUUCAAUCACAAAGACCCGGAACUCCCCCAUCGAAGCACCCAAGCUUUGCACCGCCUACUGCAUCACCUCCGUCAGGCACCAAAUCGUCUUUCCCUUCGUCAGGAUCCCCAUUAAGGCAUCAGGGGACGUUCACUAGAGGGACAAGACCCACUAUAGCUUCCUCGCCAGGCACUAAAACCUCCUUCCCUUCGCCAGGUUAUUCUUCACAGCACCAGAGGACGUUUGAGAGAGGAAACACAAGACCGACCCCAGCCACCUCCUUCCCUUCUUCAAUGUUCGAGUUUUCUGACAUCAGCGACGACGUUGCCAAUCAAGUCCUGAACAACAUUGGGUCCUUCGGCAAGAGAAUCAGAUCCAAGGAACGUCUUCAAGAGUCAUCUGAAGCUCCAGUCAGUGAUGUCAACAAACCGCUCAUUCGGAACCUGAGGGAUUCUACCCGCUUGCGGAGGACGCCUGUGAGUAACGAGCAGCUGCAGGAGGUGUCUGAGGGCCCCGCCAGCCUGCCGCACCGCCACCAUCUCCACCCAGACACACGCAGCGCCAGUGGAGCCACCACGCACCCCACUUCCUCUGAUGCAACCAACUACAACGUGAUGGUGCUGCCCUACCAGGCCAUGAAGGACUCUGGCUUCCCUACUAAAUCCUCAGACGACUUACCACCAAAUCCAUCUGUCCAGGCCUUCCAAGAUGACGUGUCCGUGUUUCUAGUGCAGCACGAACACUCCAACACCUCGCAGCUUCCCGUCGGUUCUGCUGCCAGUGGUGUUGGGUCGCCGGACAAGACAACAGGAGUCAAAAGGGAGGCAAAGACAUCCUGGUUCUCAUCUGGUGGUUCUGGCGAUGAUGCAGCCAAGGUGCUCGGUUUCCUGGCGCCUUCACCCUCCGCCUUCUGCGUCCACGGGUUCUGCGAGGAGUCAUCCGCCGCCAACUCAGACAAGUAACGCCACCCUCUGCCACCACCGCCCACCUUGCACUCCAAAUUAGUCACCGUAGUUUGCAAGUCACAUGUGGAAAUCAGUAUCACUUUUCGUCUCACUUUCACCAAUCUCAUCCUUCUCGUUAGUGUCUCUUUUUAUUAUUCCAAUCAUUAUCAUUUUACUUUAUGACUUCGCGUAAUGUUUUCUUGCAUCUCAUGUUCUAUAUUCAAACGUUUUCCUUUUUUUUUGCUUCACUUUUGUUAACUCAUUAUCACGUUUCACUAGUGGUUUUACUCUGAUGGAUCCAAUACCUUUCACUUAUUGACGUCGAAAAAUCACCCUUAUCAUCCUUACAGCCCGUCUGCUAAUCCUAUUCAUUCCUACCUACGAGUAUUUCUGCCUUUUAAUUAAUUAUAUUCACUUUCCCCUUUUAAAAAAUUCUACUGGAAUAAAAGUCUAGUCCAUAUUGUCCUCUAUACACAAAAAAUCUAUCUGUUUCAUCCUUCAAAAUACUUAUUCAUUACCACCUUUAUGAAAAUCCGUACUCAACUCGAACCUUGCCCAUUGUCAUCUUCUAAACCCUUUUAAUUGUAUUGAGUCUUCCUUCGCACACUUGCUAUUCACCUUGACUCUGCAGAUCUUACUCACUAUGCCUCUUUCUCACUGUCUUUACUCAUGUAUUGCUUUCUUAAUCGUCCAUUCCGAUUCCUCUGCUUAUUUCUCACAAUCUUAGCAUAGUGCACCAACUCAGGACCUUGUUGUAGUUUGUAUUGUAGUUCACGGUAAUGUAUCAGCAGUAAUAGUAGUGACAUUAGUAGUGGUUGUUUGUAUAUUAAUUUACUGUUGUCUUUGCUAUUGUUGUUGGCAAUAUGUAAUUGAAUUUAUCUUCAUGUGGUUGUUUUCGUGGUUGUAAUUAUUGUUACAUAAUUUCGUAGUGCUGUUGUAUGCAUAUUCUACAGCUUUAUUUAUUUAUUUAUUUAUUUAUCUUUUAGUAGUCGUAGUAGUAGUAGUAGUAGUAGUAGUAGUAGUAGUAGUAGUAGUAGUAGUAGUAGUAGUAGUAGUAGUAGUAGUAGUAGUAG